AUGAACGAGGCGCUACCGUGGGAAGAGCAUCUGAGAGCGGAGGACGUUAUACAAGCAAUUUGGCAGGACAAUGGUCGGCCUAGCCCCUCGUACCGUGCCUUCCUGCAGAAUCACUUGCGCCAGCUACUGGGUCCAGCUCCAGCCCAUGAAGUGUACAACAUGGCAUGGGAGGAGUUGGCGACGCCAAAUAAUCUUAGUGCCCAGCAACUUCAGCUUCUCCCGACGUUCUUGCGACAGCAUGGUAUGCUCAGGCGAGAUUUUGCUGUGGGUAUGGUCAUCGAAGGAGGAAGGACAUGGGAUGGUCGUGUGAUCGAGCCCGGCGUGGUGGUGGAAGAUACUCGUCCCGAGGCAUUCGUUGUCUGGUUGCACAACGACAACGCACAGCUCCUCUCUAGAAGCGAGCUCAACCAUUGGUCCAUGUUCAGCAGAGCUCCAGACCGCGUGCGUGUCGCCUUAUCCAGUAUGGGUCUUGAGGAGCUAUUGGCCACCAACCAGAGCGUAGUUCAGCUGAACUCGCCUGCCCUUGACGAGCACGAUUACCUCCAGCGUCCCGCAUUGAGACAGGGACGUAGCACGGGCCGUAGCGAUUCGACAGCCGAGGGAUUUCACGAUCUGCCCAUGGAUGUGCCGUCAGCCUCUGAUGCUGGCCUCUCGCACCAGCCCAUCGACGUCGCAGACCAUCGCCUGCCAGUGGCUACUACGUUUGCUGGAGGAGAGCGCUUCAGACCGUCCAGCGACACGGCCGCCAGUUCACUCGAAGGCGCAGAUGGAAUCAACCUGGAAGCAGAUUCUAUUGAAACUUCGGGGAAUCUACACUUUGGAGACAGCGAGACCUCCGGUUGUCCAAUGGCCUGGGAGGACUUUUUGAACACUCUCGACUAA